UCGGCGAGUGAAGAUGGUGAGGGGAACCUGUUGCCAUAGAAACCGAGCGAGGCCAAACCGGAGAUGGCGCCUGUAGCUAGCUGUAUGAGCUGAAGGAAGGUGGGAGAUUUGGACACAGCUUCAACGCAUUGGUCUGAGCUUCUGGGUUUCUCGUUAAAGAUGUUGGUUGAGAUGUCAAUCAGACAAGAUGCUAUGUCCUGAAUGGUAUUGAGCUUACUGGAUGUUGUUAAAGUGGCAACCAUCCAGUUGAAUUGAGUGACUCUGCACCAGAAGGAAUUGAUUUCAAAAUGGCAUUUGCACCAUCCAAGAUCAUGAAUGGGCCUAAAAUGCAGACCAAGAUGAGCACAUGGACACCCCUGAACCACCAGCCCACUAAUGACAAGGUCUUUGAAGAAAGGGGAGAGUUACUUGGGAAAUGGUUUGACAAGUGGACUGAUACACAGCGUCGAAAAAUUCUUCUCAACUUGUUUGAAAGAUGUUCUGUCUCUCAAUUGAAAUUCUGUGAGCAACAUUUGCGUAGCAGAGUUCCUGUGGAAGCUCUUGACUUGGCUUGUUUCCUUCCCAGGGUGCUGACUUUAUAUAUCUUCUCCUUCUUGGAUCCAAGGAGUCUUUGCCGCUGUGCACAGGUAAGUUGGCAUUGGAAGGACUUGGCUGAAUUGGACCAACUUUGGAUGCCAAAAUGUCUGAGACUGGGCUGGUACAUCAGCUUCACACCAACAAUCUAUGAGCAAAGAAUUUGGAAGAGACACUACAUUGAGAUGGUGAAGGAACUGAAUGUCACCAAACCAACGACACCACCCAGUGAUGAAUUUAUUGUGGUGGAUGUCCAUCCAUUACCAAAGGAUCCUGUGGAUCAGAAGCAGUUGAGAAUGACAUCAGCUCGACCCCAACCAGGGAAAGUGCAGCUUGAGCACCCGCCAUGGCGUGACUCAGACCGACAUCCAACAGACACCAUACGUUUCAACUACCUGGACAACUGUGAACCCAUUGGGGAAGCGAGAAAGAAGGGAGGUGGAACUACCCCGACUCUUGGCCAACAGGCUCGUGAAAGAAUGAAGCAUCCAUCAGCAAACUACAAAAUGAGGAAAGCAAAAUCGCUGAUGUCCAUGUCACUUGACUUCAAUGCAAAUCAGUUACGCCAAGUGCGUCCUCUCUGGGCAUGUCAAAGUGCGAUGGGAGAUUUUAGUUCCAAGGAGGAGGUCAAGGCACGAACUCAGAGUUCUGACUGGAAUGCCGGGAUUCGUCCUGCGCCAGUUCGAUCUGCCAUACAAACAAUGAGCGAGAAGGGGCAGAAAGCGUCACUACGGACCCAGAGAAGUGUUCCUUCUUGCCCACUCUUUGAGAGUCAGCCUUGGCAGAUCCCAGCAUCAAAGAGAGACUCUGAUGAAGAAGAAUGAGAGGGAGAAGCCAGCUGGAGCAGAGACAGUAAACCCAUCAUUGGACUGAGCCAGUUGACACAGAAUGGUGGGAAAUGGAUGAACUACACUGAAGGAACCACUGGAUUGAUGUGUAAACACCUCCUUUGAUCAUAACAUGAACUGCAGCACUUUGAAACUCCUGGUUUCAUUUUAGUGAAUUAUAAGAAGAAAGGUUCUGUUUGUCUCUAAAACAUUAAAUAAAAUUUGCUUGCUUCUCUUGUCUCAUCUAAUGUUCAACUUCGCAUAUCAUCAGAUGUGUUAGGAUAGAGUGUAAAUGAAAAAAUAAUUUAGGGACCAGAGGGGGAAAAUGAAGUCUAAUGCAAUUGCCUCAAAAGGGGAUUUUGGGCAAAGUUAGCUGAGGCCUGAAAUCCUUAGGUGGGGAAACUGAGAGGAAUGAAAUGUCCACAAUAUUUUUUUUUCAAUACUUAUGUCUACAAUUACUUCCUUUCAGCCACAGAAACAAUGCCUUUUCACAACAGCCAAAGAACCACAAGUUGUGCUGGACUGUUAAAUGUUAUCUUAGUUCUAUCUUCUGACUGGUAUGUGGUGAUAUAAUGGCUAAUAGACCAGAGUGAAGUACAAAUAAUGGAUGUGAUAUAAAAAAAAGACACACACACACACACACUUCUCCUCAAAUCCCUACUUCUCCCACCCCAUUGCAAGUAAAAUAAUUCUUAAAAGUUUCGUUUUUGGGAAGUGAGCACUUGUGAGGAGGCUGCAUUUACUGCCCACCUCAACUUAUUGCAGUUGAAGGACUUUACUAAGUCACAAGAUAAUUAAGAAUCAAACAUUUUGUUGUGGAACAGCAGUUACAGAAUUGCUGGAUCGGGUAAGGAUAGCAGAUUUCCUUCCCUCGAGGACAUUAAUGAACCAGCUGGUUUCAUAGUCACGUCACUUCACUCUUCAAAAACAAGAUGGUGUUAAAAUGCAUACAGAACAUUACUGGACUUUAAUAUGCAUUUUUAAGAUCAUUCCAGUAAUUUAACUCAACCAUAACUUGUUAAGAUUUAUUUAAAAUGCUGGAAAUCACAGCAGGUCAGGGAGCAUCCAU